CUCUUACGCGGAGGUUUCCGGCCCACCAUCUUUGUCCCUGGCAAGUUGGGUUUUGCGCAGUAGCUUAGACCUAGAGUCGUGACGGGCAGGAAACCAUUACACCACCUCCCCGGCUGUGCUCUGUCUGCCGCCGCCACCCCGCCCUUGCCUCCAGUGCACAUUGAAGAUCCAAAAUCAUGACUGACUCCAAGUACUUCACAACCAAUAAAAAGGGAGAAAUCUUUGAAUUAAAAGCAGAACUCAACAAUGAAAAGAAAGAAAAGAGGAAGGAGGCUGUGAAGAAAGUGAUUGCCGCUAUGACCGUGGGGAAGGAUGUUAGCUCUCUCUUUCCAGAUGUAGUGAACUGUAUGCAGACUGACAACCUGGAACUAAAGAAGCUUGUAUACCUCUACUUGAUGAAUUAUGCCAAGAGUCAGCCAGACAUGGCCAUCAUGGCUGUCAACAGCUUUGUGAAGGAUUGUGAAGAUCCCAAUCCUUUGAUUCGAGCUUUGGCAGUUAGAACCAUGGGGUGCAUUCGAGUGGACAAGAUUACAGAAUAUCUCUGUGAACCCCUCCGCAAGUGCUUGAAGGAUGAAGACCCCUACGUUCGGAAAACAGCAGCAGUCUGUGUGGCAAAACUCCAUGAUAUCAAUGCCCAGAUGGUGGAAGAUCAGGGAUUUCUGGAUUCACUACGGGAUCUCAUAGCAGAUUCAAAUCCAAUGGUGGUGGCUAAUGCUGUAGCAGCAUUGUCUGAGAUCAGUGAGUCUCACCCAAACAGCAACUUACUCGAUCUGAACCCCCAGAACAUCAACAAGCUGCUCACAGCCCUGAAUGAGUGCACUGAAUGGGGCCAGAUCUUUAUCUUGGACUGUCUGUCUAAUUAUAACCCAAAAGAUGACCGGGAAGCUCAGAGCAUCUGUGAGCGAGUAACUCCUCGGCUAUCCCAUGCCAACUCAGCAGUGGUGCUUUCAGCGGUAAAAGUCCUCAUGAAAUUUCUAGAAUUGUUACCCAAGGACUCCGACUACUACAAUAUGCUGCUGAAGAAGUUAGCUCCCCCACUUGUCACUCUGCUGUCUGGGGAACCAGAAGUGCAGUAUGUUGCCUUGAGGAACAUCAACCUGAUUGUCCAGAAAAGGCCAGAAAUCUUGAAGCAGGAAAUCAAAGUCUUCUUUGUGAAGUACAAUGACCCUAUCUAUGUUAAAUUAGAGAAGUUGGACAUCAUGAUUCGUCUGGCAUCCCAAGCCAACAUUGCUCAGGUUCUUGCAGAGCUGAAGGAAUAUGCCACUGAAGUAGAUGUUGACUUUGUUCGGAAAGCUGUGCGGGCCAUUGGACGAUGUGCCAUCAAAGUGGAGCAAUCAGCAGAGCGCUGUGUAAGCACAUUGCUUGAUCUAAUCCAGACCAAAGUAAAUUAUGUGGUUCAAGAGGCAAUUGUUGUCAUCAGAGACAUCUUCCGAAAAUAUCCCAACAAGUAUGAAAGUAUCAUCGCCACUCUCUGUGAGAACUUAGACUCCCUGGAUGAGCCAGAUGCUCGAGCAGCUAUGAUUUGGAUUGUAGGAGAAUAUGCUGAAAGAAUUGAUAAUGCAGAUGAGUUACUGGAGAGCUUCCUAGAGGGUUUUCAUGAUGAAAGUACCCAGGUACAGCUCACUCUGCUUACUGCUAUAGUGAAGCUGUUUCUGAAGAAACCAUCAGAGACACAGGAGUUGGUCCAACAGGUCUUGAGCUUGGCCACACAGGAUUCUGAUAAUCCUGACCUCCGAGAUCGGGGUUAUAUUUAUUGGCGCCUUCUUUCAACUGACCCUGUGACAGCCAAAGAAGUAGUCUUGUCUGAGAAACCAUUGAUCUCUGAGGAGACAGACCUUAUUGAACCAACCCUCCUGGAUGAGCUAAUCUGCCACAUUGGUUCUUUGGCCUCUGUGUACCAUAAACCUCCAAAUGCUUUUGUGGAGGGGAGUCAUGGGAUCCAUCGCAAACACUUGCCUAUUCAUCAUGGGAGCACUGAUGCAGGUGAUAGCCCUGUUGGCACCACCACAGCAACCAACCUGGAACAGCCACAGGUCAUCCCCUCUCAAGGUGACCUUCUGGGGGAUCUUUUAAAUCUUGACCUGGGUCCCCCAGUAAAUGUGCCACAGGUAUCCUCCAUGCAGAUGGGAGCAGUAGAUCUCUUAGGAGGAGGACUGGAUAGUCUGCUUGGCAGUGACCUUGGCGGGGGCAUUGGAGGAAGUCCGGCAGUAGGACAGUCCUUCAUCCCGUCAUCAGUGCCUGCAACCUUCGCUCCCUCACCUACUCCUGCUGUGGUCAGUAGUGGUUUGAAUGACCUAUUUGAACUUUCUACAGGAAUAGGCAUGGCACCUGGUGGAUAUGUGGCACCUAAGGCGGUCUGGCUGCCUGCAGUAAAAGCUAAAGGCUUGGAGAUUUCAGGAACAUUUACUCACCGCCAAGGGCACAUCUACAUGGAAAUGAACUUCACCAAUAAAGCUUUGCAACAUAUGACAGACUUUGCUAUCCAGUUUAACAAGAAUAGCUUUGGUGUCAUCCCAAGCACACCUUUGGCCAUCCAUACUCCACUGAUGCCAAAUCAGAGUAUUGAUGUCUCUCUGCCUCUUAAUACCUUGGGCCCAGUCAUGAAGAUGGAACCUCUGAAUAAUCUGCAGGUGGCUGUUAAAAACAACAUUGAUGUCUUCUACUUCAGCUGCCUCAUCCCACUCAAUGUGCUUUUUGUAGAAGAUGGCAAAAUGGAGCGCCAGGUCUUCCUUGCCACAUGGAAGGAUAUUCCUAAUGAAAAUGAACUCCAAUUUCAGAUUAAGGAAUGUCAUUUAAAUGCUGACACUGUGUCCAGCAAGUUGCAAAACAACAAUGUUUACACUAUUGCCAAGAGGAAUGUGGAAGGACAAGAUAUGCUGUACCAAUCCCUGAAGCUCACUAAUGGCAUUUGGAUUUUGGCUGAGCUACGGAUCCAGCCAGGAAACCCCAAUUAUACGCUGUCACUGAAGUGUAGAGCUCCUGAAGUCUCUCAAUACAUCUACCAGGUCUACGACAGCAUUUUGAAAAACUAAUAAACUGGUCCAGUAUCGUCCAGCCACCCUGUAAUCGGUGCAAACCAAGAACUCUUUAACUGGAAGAAAUUGUACUGCUGUGUAGAACCUGAGCCCAAACAAUACGACACCCACCCAGGUAGUGACCAGUCUGCCCUGUACUGAUAUUAGAGUUCACCCCGUUGUAUAGUUUUAGCUUCCUGUGAACAUUUGUAACCACUGCUUCAGUCACUUCCCGCCUCUUGCCACCUACUGCUGCUCUCUGUUCUUACUUGUGGGCGUCUCCAUGCUGUGCAAUGGCUAGCUUUUUCUACACUCUCUUUUGAGUGUAGCUUGAUAUUUUGUCAUCGAAAGCUCAUUUCAAAAGCAGAAAAAGGCAACAAAUAUUAAAGCAAGGAAAAGUGUCACUGAAACAUAAACUGCA